AUGUCGUCUCGACAGGACAGCAAGUUGGAUCUUCAGCCGGUCGCCACAACCAACCCAUUUACAUACGGAAAAGAGGUUUACCAGGCCGGUCUCAAAGGCCAGAAGCCAUCAGUAACCUUCAACUGCCUCGAGUGGGAAAACCUGGCGAAAGAUCGGCUAUCGGCGGAUUCUUUCGGAUAUGUUUGGGGAUCUGCCGGAAUCCGUGAUACAGACGCCAACAACAAGAAAGCGUUUAAAAAAUGGGGGGUUGUGCCGUCCCGCCUAGUCAAGAGCGGCUUCCCCGACCUCAAAACGUCGCUUUUUGGCGAGACGUAUGAUUAUCCGAUCGCUAUUGCUCCGGUGGGUGUGCAGCGGAUUUUCCACCCAGACGGGGAGACUGCGACGGCGAAGGCUGCCCAACAGGAACAUGUGACCUACAUUCUCAGCACGGCAUCCGCUACGAGCAUUGAGGAUGUCGCCAAGGCAAACGGGAAUGGACCUCGUUGGUAUCAGCUCUACUGGCCACAGAAUGAGAACAACGAUAUCACGGUGAGCCUGUUGUCAAGGGCGAAGUCAGCCGGGUACAGGGUUUUAGUGGUCACUUUGGAUACAUACAUUCUUGGAUGGCGGCCCAGUGACUUGGACAAUGGAUACAACCCUUUCAUUCGCCCCGACAACAUUGGCGUAGCACUGGGGUUUUCUGACCCUGUGUACCGCCGCAAAUUCCAGGAAAAGCACGGAAAAACUAUCGAGGAGGACAUUGAAACUGCGGCCGCAGAGUGGGCACAUACCGUAUUUCCCGGUCUCAGUCACGGUUGGGAAGACAUCAAAUUUCUCCAGGAGCAUUGGGAAGGCCCGAUUAUUCUGAAAGGAAUCCAGACGGUGGCGGAUGCGAAGAAGGCCGUGGAUCAUGGUGUCCAAGGAAUUGUCGUCUCUAAUCAUGGCGGACGACAACAAGAUGGAGGUAUUGGGUCUUUGGAUGUUUUGCCCGAGAUUGUGGACGCUGUGGGAGAUGAGUUAGAAAUCAUAUUUGAUUCUGGUGUUCGCUGCGGCGCUGAUAUCGCGAAGGCAUUGGCGCUUGGUGCGAAGAUGGUUCUGAUUGGUCGUCCAUAUGUUUAUGGAUUGGCUCUCCAAGGUGAGGAGGGAGUACGACAUGUCCUCAAAAGCCUAUUGGGGGACUUGCAUCUGACCCUCCACCUGUCAGGGAUCAGCUCAGUGUCCAGUGAACAGCUCAAUAGGUCAGUUUUGCGUCGGACGGAUGCCUAA